AUGAAUACAGGCUCAUGCAAAAGUGUCGACUUCCGCGGAGCAAAUUUAUGCUGCCAGAUCUACGGAGAGGGAAGAAAGGCUCUGGUAUUCAUCCACGGUUGGACCUGUAACAGCUCCCUCUGGCGGCUUCAAGCACCGCUUUUCCAAAGACAUUGCUCAAUCUUGAUUGAUCUUCCUGGCCAUGGAAAGAGCGAUGCGCCAAACUGGGAUUAUACACUAGACCUCUUCGCUCAUGCUGUCAAACAAGUCUUGAAUCAAGAAGACAUCGAGUCGGCAGUCUUGAUCGGCCACAGCCUCGGCGGACCCGUGUCAACUAUGGUCCUGCGGCUGUUUCCAGAUUCAGUGCUCGCCAUCAUCUAUGUGGAUUCGUUCUUCAACCCCCCGGAGUACUAUUUUACACGGCUGCAACGCAAAGAGUUGGCCGAAGCACUGUCGGACGAAGCCAGAUUUGAAGCGUUGGUCAGAACCAUCACUGGAAACAGAGCGACGGACGAGCAGAGGGGCGAGAUCUUGGGGGUCAUGAAGAACACAGCAAAACACGUCCGGAUCAAUGUCAGGACAACAGAUGCUCAGCCAGAGCCCAUGUCCGUCGAGCAGGUCUACCACAUCCCAGCCGUGCUUUUGGUCACGCCGAGGUAUGCCGAUGUCGAUGAAGAGUGGGUACAUCAUCUCCCCCAACUUGAAACGAAGCUUUGGGAGGGUUAUGGCCAUUUCCCGUUCUUAGAAGAUGCGACUCGAUUCAACCACGAGGUCGACUUGUUUUUGAAGAAGAAUGCACUCUGCGCUGAAGUGGCGAUGUCGUCGGACUAA